ACUGUCCUUUCUUGCUAGUUCUUACAAGGAAAGCGCCUGCGCAACAUGGAAUCUCUCAGUCUCUCUUCUUAGCAGUCCCGCGAAAAUCUUCUCAUUCUAUCCAUCUCUUUCUCUCUCUUUCCCUCUCUCAAAUCUGCUUCUAGGGUUUAGCAGUCACUAUCUUUGUUCCUAUUGUCCAAUUUUGUUUGGUCUGGUUUAUUAUACAGAGCAUAAUCGAGAAAUGAAGCAGAAGAGCGAGCAACUUCGCACUUCCAGGCUAAUUACCUACGUUCUGAUAGCACUCAUUGCCCUUCUCGGGCUGAUUUGUUUCUAUAAUGCAUCCUCCGUCGCUCCCGGACUCUCCAGAUCCAAUCGCUACUCUUUUAGCCAUGACGGCACCGACCCGGUUCUCGGCGGGUUUUCCGGAACCCGUGAUAUUGAUGACUUGUUUCAGGAGCAAGUCCCUCAAAGCAUUCCUAUAUGUGACUUAAAUUACUCGGAGUUGAUACCUUGUUUAGAUAGAAGCCUUAUCUACCAAUUGAAAUUGAAGCCUAAUUUGACAUUGAUGGAGCACUAUGAACGGCAUUGUCCUCCUCCUGACCGCCGUUAUAAUUGUCUUAUUCCUCCCCCUAUUGGCUACAAGAUUCCUAUAAGAUGGCCCGAGAGUAGAGAUGAAGUGUGGAAGGUUAAUAUACCCCACACGCACCUUGCGCAAGAGAAGUCUGAUCAGAACUGGAUGGUGGUCAAUGGGGAGAAGAUAAAUUUUCCUGGUGGAGGAACCCAUUUCCACUAUGGGGCUGAUAAAUACAUUGUUGCUCUUGCCCGGAUGCUUAAAUUCCCAAAUGAUAAACUUCACAAUGGUGGGAAUGUCCGGAAUGUUCUUGAUGUUGGUUGUGGUGUUGCAAGCUUUGGAGCCUACCUUCUUGCCCAUGACAUUAUAGCUAUGUCCAUUGCGCCUAAUGAUGUGCAUGAAAAUCAAAUACAAUUUGCUCUAGAAAGAGGGAUUCCAUCAACUCUUGGUGUCUUGGGAACGAAAAGACUUCCUUUUCCAAGCAGAUCAUUUGAACUGGCUCAUUGUUCAAGAUGUCGGAUUGACUGGCUCCAAAGAGACGGAAUUCUUUUAUUAGAACUUGACAGAUUACUGAGACCAGGAGGAUAUUUUGCAUACUCUUCUCCUGAAGCCUAUGCGCAUGAUCCAGAAAAUCGAAGGAUCUGGAAUGCUAUGCAUGAUCUUUUGAGAAGAAUGUGUUGGAGAGUUGUUGUGAGGAAAGACCAGACUGUUAUCUGGGCAAAGCCCACAAGUAAUAGCUGUUUCUUGAAAAGAGAACCUGGAACUUUACCCCUUUUGUGCAGUACUGAUGAUGACCAAGAUGCAACUUGGAACAUACACAUGAAGGCUUGCAUCUCUCCAUACUCAUCAAAGAUGCACAAGGUAAGAGGAAGUGGACUAGUUCCCUGGCCUCAGAGGCUUACUGAGGCACCUCCACGUCUGGAAGAAAUUGGUGUCAGUGCUGAAGAAUUCCAUGAAGAUACUAGGAUAUGGCAAUUUAGAGUCAGUGAGUACUGGAAGCAGAUGAAAUCUGUUGUACGGAAGAGUUACUUCAGAAAUGUCAUGGAUAUGAAUUCGAACUUGGGAGGUUUUGGUGCUUCUCUCAAGGAUACAGACGUAUGGGUGAUGAAUGUUUCUCCAGUCAACCAGUCUGCUAGAUUAAAGAUUAUUUAUGACCGUGGCUUAAUUGGAACAGUUCAUGACUGGUGUGAAGCAUUUUCUACAUAUCCACGCACUUAUGAUCUUCUUCAUGCCUGGCAAAUAUUUACCAAGAUUCAGGAGCAUGGGUGUGGUUUAGAGGAUCUACUAAUUGAAAUGGACCGGAUACUAAGGCCUGAAGGGUUUGUCAUCAUAAGGGACAAACCCUCAAUUGUAAACUAUAUUCGCAAAUUUGUCACUGCCUUAAGGUGGGAUCGCUGGAUAUCAGAAGUUGAACCAAAGAGUGAUGCUCUCUCUUCGGGUGAAGAACAAGUUCUGAUUGUGAGAAAAAAGUUAUGGAGUGGAAUAGUUUCAACAAUGUGAAUAUGGCUACAAGGAGCAGGCUUUACAACGCACGGUGAUAGCAAAAGGCAGGACUUGUGCUCCAUUGCCACAUUGAGAGCAGAUUCUUUAUGCAAAGAUGGAAGUGAAGUGAGAUAUAUACGAUUGUUUGAUGGAAUAUGCAAAGCGCACACACACGAUGUACAGCUUUGAAGCCUACCUGUCCUCGGGAAAAGAAGAAAACAGGAGCUUCCUUUUCAAGUAUUACUAGAAGAUGAUUUUCUAUUUUUUCGGAUGUAAUUGUUUACACUAAUGUUACCUCACAACAAAUCUUGGAACUUGCUUGCUUCUUUUUCACAAAAUUACUCAUUGGAUUCUUUAUGCCGGGUGGAAAAGAGAAUCAAAGUAAAAUGGUCAUUGCCUU